AUGGAUACCUUCCUCUUCACAUCCGAGUCGGUUAACGAGGGCCACCCGGACAAGCUAUGCGACCAAGUCUCGGACGCCAUCCUCGAUGCCUGCCUCGCCCAAGACCCCGACAGCAAAGUCGCCUGCGAAACAUGCACGAAAACCAACAUGGUCAUGGUCUUCGGCGAAAUCACCACCAAAGCCCAAGUCGACUACGAAAAAAUCGUCCGCGACACGUGUCGCGAGAUCGGCUUCACGUCCCCCGACGUCGGCCUCGACGCAGACAACUGCAAGGUCCUCGUCAACAUCGAGCAACAAUCCCCCGACAUCGCCCAAGGCGUCCACGGCCACCUCACCAAGAAACCCGAAGAAAUCGGGGCCGGCGACCAAGGCCACAUGUUCGGCUACGCCACCGACGAGACUCCUGAGCUCAUGCCCUUAACCCACGUGCUCGCCACGAAACUCGGCGCCAAGCUAACCGAGGCUCGGAAAAACAAGACUUGUCCUUGGCUAAGGCCCGACGGCAAGACCCAAGUCACGGUCGAGUACAAAAACGAGAACGGCGCGAUGGUCCCGAUCCGAGUCCACACGGUCCUCAUCUCGACCCAACACGACGAGACGGUCACCAACGACCAAAUCGCGGCCGACCUCAAAGAGCACGUCAUCAAGCCCGUCAUCCCGGCACAAUACCUCGACGCGAACACGAUCUUCCACUUGAACCCUUCGGGCCGGUUCGUCAUCGGGGGCCCGCACGGCGACGCGGGCCUUACGGGCCGGAAGAUUAUUAUCGACACCUAUGGCGGGUGGGGGGCCCACGGAGGAGGGGCAUUUUCGGGAAAGGACCCGACGAAAGUCGAUAGGAGUGGGGCUUAUAUUGUGAGGCAGGCGGCGAAGAGUGUGGUGGCUUCGGGCUUGGCUCGGAGGUGCAUUGUCCAGGUGUCGUAUGCGAUUGGGGUUGCCGAGCCGUUGUCGGUGUUUGUGGACACGUAUGGAACGGGCACGAUCCCGGAUAAGGAUAUAUUGGGCCUUAUCAAGGAGAAUUUCGACUUUAGGCCGGGGAUGAUUGCGAUUAGCCUCGAUUUGCUGAGGGGAGGUAACUAUAGGUAUCAGAAAACGGCGGCUUACGGGCAUUUUGGGCGUGAUGACCCGGAUUUUACCUGGGAGACUGUGAAGGUACUGAAGCCUAAGGCUUGA